ACAAGUUUAUUUUGUUGAAAAGUUACACAUAAGUUAACCUUUUUAAGUAGGGAGUAUCCGAACAAUUAUUUCAAAAAUAAAAAAUUAACUUUAUCUAUCAAUGUACAAUUUAUUUUCAUUGCACAUUCGUGUUUGUAUUCUGCAUUAAGUUUGAUAGGGUGUGGUAAAAGUUUUUCAAAACAAUUGAAUUUUACAAGAAUUAUGGAGAGUCUCCACAUCACAGCACCGGAUGCUGAGGAUGAUCUCUACUCUGGCUUCAAUGAAUAUCCGUCCACGUUCAGUACAAAAGACAUUGAAAAAGAUGAAAUUCUGCAGCAAGCUCUUCGAUCUUCUUAUGGAAAACGAAUUGGAGUUUUCACAUCAAAAGCUACUCCUGGAAUGCGAUUUGGAACCGGAAUGAGUGUUAGAGAGCCGAUGACUGGGUUUCAGCUGCAGGACUCAGUGACGCGCCCAAUGACAGCUGUCAGAGGCGCCGGAUACACGAGCCAAAAAACCGCCGCGCAAAUGUUUGAUCCUCUCAAUCAGGCGUCUAAAAUGCACGCUCAUUCCUUAGAGAAAAUCGAUGACAGGCCAGAAGACAAGGUGAGGCGCCUGGAAAGAAAGAUCACGGAACUGAUCGACGAGUCGUGCGUUUUCAACUGGAAAGGUGACCACCGAUCGGCUCUAGACAAGGCAAAGGACGCCUCUUCCAAAGAGAGAAGUCUCAUCAGGAUGCAAGAACAGACCGGAUUGUCCGAUUCUCAUAAUUUGGAUCUGACAUUCUCUGUACUAUUCAAUUUGGCCAACCAGUAUGCUCUGAACGAAAUGUACACAGAGUCUCUGAACACGUACAAUGUGAUAACGAAAAACAAAAUGUUCCCGAACGCCCAUCGACUGAAGGUGAAUAUGGGCAACAUUUAUGUGAAGCUCGGUCAGUAUCAGAAGGCGGUGAAAAUGUAUCGGAUGGCUCUGGAUCAAGUGCCCAACACUCACAAGGAUCUCAGGAUAAAAAUAACUCACAAUAUUGGAAUCCUAUUUGUAAAAAUGGGACAGUAUGGAGAAGCAUGCUCAAACUUCGAACGAAUCAUGAACGAGAAACCCGACUUCAAAGCAGGUCUUCACGCUAUAAUAUGCUACUUUGCUAUGGAUGAUAAGGAGAAGAUGAGGCUCGGGUUCCAGAUGCUGCUGGAUGUGCCACUUGAUAUCGAUGAUGAGGAUCGAUACAUUUCAACAUCUGAUGACGUCAGCUCUAAUCUUCUAUUGGAGGUUAUUCGUAACGAUAGUCUGCGGUCACUGGAAAGAGAAAUCAAGAGAAUUGCUGAGAGGAGCAUUCUGACUGCGGCAAAGCUGAUAGCUCCUGUUAUUGAGGACAAUUUCACCGCUGGCUACAACUGGUGCGUGGAAGCUAUCAAGAACUCGCUGUACGCGCCGCUGGCCGGUGACCUUGAGAUCAAUCGCGCGGUGACCUUGCUGAAGCAGGGCGAACUGCCGCAGGCCGUCGACACCCUCAGGGCUUUCGAGAAGAAGGGCAGUAAAGUAGCCAGCACUGCCGCCACUAAUUGCUCCUUCAUCUAUUUCUUGCAAGGAGACAUUGAACAAGCGGAGAAAAGCGGGGAGGCAGCCAAAGAGGCUGAUGGGUACAAUGCUGGAGCCUAUGUCAACCUGGGCAAUUGCAGUCUCAGCAGGGGAGAACUAGUCAGAGCCAAGGAUCUCUACACCCUCGCUUUGGACAAUGACGCCUCAUGUGUUGAAGCCAUCUAUAAUCUAGGUCUUGUAACAAAACAGCAAGGAUUGUUCGAGGAGUCUCUCGAGUACUUUCUGAAAUUGCAUGCAAUUAUCAACCAUCACCCCCAUGUGCUAUAUCAGCUGGGACAUUUGCAUGAGCUGAUCGGUGAUACUGAGCAAGCGGUCGAUUGGUUUUUACAGUUACUUGGUAUUGUUCCAUCUGAUCCUGGAGUAUUGCAGAAGCUUGGUGAGAUCUACGAUAAUGAGAAUGAUAAACAACAGGCAUAUCAUUAUUACUUUGAGUCCUACCGCCACUUUCCGUCCAACUUUGUCGUGCUGGACUGGCUGGGCGCUUACUUUGUGGCGUUGCACGUGUCCGAGAAGGCGGUCUCCUUCUACCGGCGGGCGGCGAGCAUGCAGCCCAACGAGCCAAAAUGGCGGCUGCUCAUUGGCUCCUGCUAUCGGCGCAGCGGCAACUAUCAGCAGGCUCUCGCCACCUACAAGCACAUUCACACCGACUUCCCUGACAAUAUCGAGUGUCUGAAGCUAUUGGUGCGAAUGUGCAGUGAUCUUGGCUUGAAGGAAGCCUCCGGGUAUGCAAUGGAAUUGAAAAAGGCUGAAAAGUCGAAAGAGCUGAGGGAACGCAUUGGCAGCAGCAGAUCAGGAUCGAGGAGAAGCAGCGGCCGUUCGUCGAGGGGGGGGCUGAGUCCUUCGGCCGAUUCCCCCUUGCCCCCCACUCGGGGUGGAUCGGGGAGCCAGAGCUCACUGCCUCCGCCAACCAGGGACAGCAUCAGAGAUAGCAUCAGUUCGCAGCGCAUCGCCAAGAUGCAGUUGAUCGAGUCGUCAGGUGAUCCGUUCAGCCAACAAUUGAGGGAUAUUGAUGCAAGCUACAGUGAUCCUCUGGGACCGUUGGAAAGACCUCGAACAGCUGCAGGCUCCCGGCGAAAUUUCGAUGAUGAAUUUGCUGAUGAAGAAAUUGGAGACGAUCUGCUACCUGAAUAAGAUUUUGUAAAAUUGUUUAUAUUGAAAGUCAAUAUUGCAUUGUGCCGGUUGCACAAAAGCCAGUUAAAAUUUAAUUCCACGAGAACUAAUCAGAGAAGACGUCUUAUCAAAAAGGCCUUCUCUGAUUGGUUCUCGUGAAAUUAACCACGGUUAAAAUUUAACCGGCUUUUGUGCAACCGGGCCAAAGACUUUCAAAGGCAAUUCAUCGAUUCAAACGCACUAUCACUAUAAUGAUGAAUUAUUCUUAUUGUAGCACAAUUAUCCAGCUUUAAUUAUUGUUGUUUGAUCUCAUUACUCUAGGUCUAGUCUAUUGUUUUUAAUAACGAUUUGUUCCGUACAAUAUAUAACCAAAUACUUACUUAUCGAUUGAAUAAUAAAUGAUUGUUAAUCAUUAUUAUCAAUUGUUAUCAAUUGAUAUCGAUUGUUAUCGAUUGUUAUCAAUAAUACUCUUUAUUGGAUAAUUGGUGCCUUGGUUGGAUAAUUUAUGGUGCCUUUUAUGAAAUAAUUGAAUAAAUAAAUUAUUUUAUGAUCACUGAAA